GACGAGCAUCCUCGAAGCUAAUCACUUUCUCAUUCCAGCCUCAGCAUCUACAGCGCUCUCCUCCUCCUCCUCCUCCUCCUCAUCUUCCUCAUCUUCCUCCCCUAAGAGGACAACCGAGAGCCGGCGCGUGCGUGCGUGUGUGCGCGACGACGUGUUCUUCCAUCUUUGGCCGCCCCAGCGUGCUCCACAUGGCGGACAUGGUGUGCCUCGCCGUCCCGCUGCUGCUGCUGCUGCUGCCGCUGGUGCAGCUCGGCUCCAGCCUCCAGGCCGACGCGCGGAGCGUGAAGGAGGCGGAGAAGACGGGCAAUUUCAUGGAGGACGAGCAGUGGCUGUCCACCAUUUCCCAGUACAGCCGCAAGAUCAAGCACUGGAACCGCUUCAGAGACGAUGAUUAUGUACGCAAUUGGGAUGAGAAUCAAGGCCCCAGUGACAACGUGGACACCACCAAGGACCCCUGUCAGAAGGUGAAGUGCAGCGCACACAAGGUGUGUAUCGCGCAGGGCUACCAGAGAGCCGUGUGCAUCAACCGCAAGAAGCUUGAGCACAGACUCAAGCAGCCUGCUCUCAGGUCGUCUAACGGCGACUGCCAGCCGUGUCCUAUCUCCUCCACCGGGCCCGUGUGCGGAUCUGAUGGACACAACUACGCCUCCAAGUGCAAGCUGGAGCAGCAGGCGUGUCUCAGCGGCAAGGAGCUGACCCUCAAGUGUUCCGGUCUCUGUCCGUGUUCCACCUUGGCGCCCACCACCAAGGACAGCAAACGCGAGACUUGCACUGGACAAGAUCUGGCUGACCUGGGCGAGCGUCUUCGGGAUUGGUUCCAGCUCCUGCAGAGCAACGCCAAGCACAGCAACAACAGCGACAGCAACAGCGACAGCAAGCAUGGAGCCAAGAACACACCGUCAGUGCUGGACAGGAGCCUGGUGGCCAGCUGCAAGGACUCCAUCGGCUGGAUGUUCUCCAAGCUGGACACCAACAACGACCUGUACCUGGACCAGGCCGAGCUGGCCGCCAUCAACCUGGACAAGUACGAGAUCUGCAUCCGCCCCUUCUUCAACUCCUGCGACUCCUACAAGGACGGCAAGGUGUCCACCGCCGAGUGGUGCCUGUGCUUCUGGAGAAAGAAGCCCCCCUGCCUCACCGAGCUGGAGAGGAUCCAAGUAUUAGACGGCGGGAAAAGAAAGUUCGGUCGCUUCAUCCCAAACUGCGAUGAGGAUGGCUUCUACAGGAAGCUGCAGUGUGACAGGGGAGAGUGCUGGUGCGUGGACCAAUACGGAGGAGAAGUCGCCGGCUCCAGGAUUCGUGGCAAACCGGAUUGCGACGACGAAGCCGCAUAUUCCGGCGACUCUGGCAGCGCCGUGGGAUGGGAAGACGAGGAGGAGAAAGGAGGCGAGGAGACGGCGGAGGAGGCUGAGGAGGAAGAGGGAGAGGUGGAUGAUGAGGGUUACAUCUGGUAAAAAGAGACACGCCUCUUUCCAACCACAUCUCCAUCUUGCAAACACACAAACAACAAACAUCCUGCGAGGGAAGUCUUAAGACGAGGACGUGUCCAAUGAGGAGAGGAGGGAAACAAGGUAGCAAGGAUGUAGUGGAAGGGAACAUAUCACCGUCAUUCAUUUGUGAAUCUUUCUUCUAUUCUCUUGUAUGUCCUUUGACCUCUUUGAGCUGUUCUCUCGCUGGCUUCAUGGAGACUUUCAGCAGCAAGUAGUUUCAAAUGAGCUCUCCUUUCUUUACUUAGAUUAGUUUUUAGGAUGCAGAGGACGUUGAAAGCACCCUUUUGGACACCACCGUCCUCACCUCAUGCGCUUCAGCUCAUGUGUGGCAGUCGUGCUGUCUCAUUCAUGACUUCUAAAGUUCCUCACGCGUCUCUCUAGCCUGUAAAUACUAAUUAUUCUACUCUGUGUACCGGAACACGCCCCUUUACCAGGGCCUCCACGGGCGAGCCAGACCUGUUGCUUAGGUGGCAAGUGUACAUCGUAUCAUCAUGUGGAUCGGUUGUUGUGUUUAAUAAAAAGUGAUAAACAUGGUA